AUGAAGAGCCUUUUUCUUUCUUUUCUGUGGCCUCUUGUAGCCAGCGCCGCUAUCUGCAAGCCGCCCCCCUCCAAGUUGAGAACCGCUUGCAAGUUGGCUGCAGUUGACAACGUGGAUAUGAGCGUUGGCUUCGAUUACAAUAGGGACUGUGCCCCAAGCACCGGAACUCUCAAUGGUUUCAUGAUCUUUGUUGACUUUUCGGAUGCCGAACCUGCUGAAGGCGAGACGCCCCGAGCGCUCUACGACGCCGUGGUCCCCCAAUCUACCGAAUGGUAUAAGCAGGCCUCUCAUGGGGCUCUGUCCCUCAAUAUCACAGCUGAUUUGUCCAAAUUCUACCGCAUGCCCGCAUCGGCUGCAUCCUAUGGCUGGGAAAGAGGUCUGACGUGGGCAGAACAUCAAGAAUACAUUCAGGAUGUUCUUGACGCCUAUACAGCUAAAGGCACUCGGCCCCCACCUCCUCAAACAGAUGUUCUCUAUGUUGUUCCCGUCAAAAGCGUCGGUGGAAGAGGGAUCUCCCGAUCCAUCACCUUUGCCACGCGGGCCAAUACCAGACAGGGUGAAUGCGUUGCCAGGAAGACUGUGACUCUUGGAACAGACGCAUUCAUGACUUGGGGACCGAAAAGCUGGAUUGCAUUGGCUCACGAAACUGGACACACCAUGUGCUUGGCCGACCUCUACCCAUUUGAAGAUCUUGGCUUAGGUUACUACGUCGGUGGCUGGAGUGCAAUGGGGGACGUAUCUGGCGUUGGACCUGAUUUCUUCGCUUGGGAUAAGUGGCGGAUGGGCUGGAUUGAUGAUACGUCUGUCGACUGUGUUUCGAGACGAGGGACUACACAGCACACUCUUACCCCGUUAGAACUAAUGGACUCUGCCAAUAACAUCAAAGCCGUCGUCGUCGCCGUCAACACAACCUCGGCACUUGUCGCAGAGGCCCGUAUACCCGAGGGGCUCGACUCAGGCAUAUGCGCCCCCGGCGUCUUGCUCUAUACGGUGGACACAUCGGUCAAGACAGGCUACGGUCCUAUCCGUGUUCUAGAUGUAACCCCAGGUUCACGUGGCUGUGGUACUGGUAGCGUCUACGACAAAAACGACGGCACGCUGUCCCUUAUCCCGGGUGCAGUGAGCUCGUACAGCGUCCCUGGCUGGGGAGUUAAGGUUGCUGUAGUAAAGCAGACAAACACGAGCUAUACUAUUGAAGUUGAUACCCAUUUCUAG